GCGAUGACUGGGAAGGCUGCUAUAUACUUGGUGCCCACAGUUCUAAGGCUUGGGAAAAAUGGGGCAACUGUUGCGCAUGGGAGUACGGUUGUGGAGAUAUCGGAUUUAGCUACAAAACAUGCCCUGAAAAUUACUACUGCCGUACUUGGGAGCAAAAAGACUUUUGGUAUUAUCGCCUUGACUAUUACUGCUGUCGUAAGUAUAAGUUCAUGCGAAUAUUUCAUUUAUGUUCACGAAAAAUAA